UAUUAAGCCUUUUGGGGCAGAAAAUUCCUACACAAACACAAAGUUUUGUGAAAGCCGCCAUUCAUGGACGCAGAGGAAUUCAUGAAGCUUUAUGAUUUUUGCUGGUUUGAGCACGGAAUGUUCAAGAAACAAUCAUCUUCAACAAGUACAUCGAGUUUUAAACUAGACCCAGAUAAGAAAGACCAAGAAGGAGCACCAAAGUUGGAGAUUUUACGCAUUCCAUCCCACCAUACUAGGUCAAUGAGCGACCAAUUAAACUCAAAAACAAGCUUUCUCUCCGGAUCUCUCUCACCAGACACGGUCCUCCUCCCGCCGGAGCUACGAACCAUCCUCUCAGGUAAGGAAAUCACAGAGUUUGAAAGCCCAAAACAGAGCUAUGUUGCAGAGCAUAUGCCAAAGAAGAAGUCCACAAAUCGAAGAAAGAAAAGCGGUGAAAGCAAGAGCUUGUCCGACCUCGAAUUUCAAGAGCUAAAAGGUUUUAUGGAUCUGGGUUUUGUAUUCUCAGAAGAAGACAGGGAAUCAAGCUUGGCUUCUAUAAUUCCCGGUCUGCAAAGAUUGGGGAAGAAGACGGAUGGGAAAGAAGAAGAGGCUGUUGAUGAGUCUGCAAUUUCAAGGCCUUACCUUUCUGAAGCAUGGGAUUUAUGGGACAAGAGAAAGAAAGGGAACCCAUUGAUGAAUUGGAGAAUUCCUGCUUUGAGAAAUGAAAUUGACAUGAAAGAUAAUCUAAGGUGGUGGGCUCAUACUGUUGCUUCUACUGUUAGAUGAGAAAGUUUCUGCUUUAAGCGAUUCGCUUUUCAUUUUUUUUUUUUUUAUCAAUUUAGAAUAUUCAUAAAUUAUAGGUCCAUGAUCAAAUCUCAUUGUUUAGUUUGCUAAUUUUCUGGUUUUUCCAAGUUGAAGAAACUUGUUGAUGUAAAAAGAAGUUAGAAAAGUUUUUCAUCAUCUUUUGAUGAUUUGGUGAGGCUUCUUGAGCAUUCUAGAAUGAUAAGGAAACAGGGGAGAAAAGAAGCCAAAAAAGCCUAAGUUCAACUUUGAUUAAUGAAAUUCUUGCCUAGAGAAAAGUAAAAACCAUCGAAAUUUCCUUGAUGCA